AUGGGUGAAGUCUCUGCGUCCCCACCCACGACAGUUCCCUUUUUCCAUCUCGACGAUUGCCAUGCUCGCCGGGUGAUCCAGGCGCUUCGCCGCAUCCUCGCGACGGAGGUUGCGGAGGAGUCGUUUAGCAUGCUGAUAGAUGGCCGACUGACCAUGAAAGCCUUGAGGGCAUGCAGACGCAUCCGCCUGGGUGAAGACUAUGACGAGAUAGCGAAGUAUACUGGGCCUAGCCAGGACACCAUAUCCAUGUUUCGCUCUCUGCGAGAACAGUUCGAUCUGUCACACGUACUAAUAAAGGCAUCUUCCGCCGAGAGGUUCCAGCGCUCUGCCGUGCAGCCAUCGUCUGCGGAUUUUCAGCGUGGUCUGCUUGACCUGGUUGUUUCGAUGGUCCAUGACCUUGCCGUCAGCAUUUUUGAAGAACUUCACCGGUCCAAGUACCAGACCACACCUCAUCAAGGCCCCGAACGCGCUCUGCUCCCGGAUUUCCGACAUCCAAAAUACCUCCAGUCUUAUUUGUAUCCACACGGGCCGAUUGAGCUUGUCGGCUACUGGAUGUAA